UGUGCCAGGGGAUGAUGCGUUAUCGGAGGCUACCGAAGGGUCGUUGAGCUAUAGAAUACUGAUGCAGCUCAAGACUGAUUCGUCCACGGAUACACCUCAGCCGCUGAGAUUCCUGCGCCUUAUGGUGAACGUAGCGCAGGAGUUCGCGACACAAGAGCUAGGUGAUCGGUUGUACGGGUUUCUAGGUCUUAUCGACGGUCUAGACUUUGUGCCGGACUACAAGACGACGGUGAAGGAGAACUUCACACGAUUUGCGGCGACCAUUGCUAGACAGUACGGAUCUGUGGACUUCCUGUCCCUUUGGUCUGCUAACCUGGACGAUAUGCUAAAAGACACUCCUAAAGAACUUUUAGGUCUACCAUCUUGGGUGCCAUCCUUCUCCGCAAUACCUCUGGCCGCACCCUUCCGUCUCGCAGUCGGUGCUAUUCGAUCAGUGACUACUAGAACCAGAUGGAACACAGCAGCGGGUCGACGUCAUAUCUAUGACAUGGCAUUCGACGCAGCCCACACUGGCCGCCUACAAGUACGCGGUCAGAUCAUUGACCAUAUCGACACUAUCAGCUCCGCGCGCAUCGCACGAUUCUGGGAUACCGACGAAGAAUACCUCACCAGUAUUGUUACACAGAUCAAAUCAGACCUCUCCGGAUUCGAAGACUGGACACAAGUCGAACUCAUCAAUUUCCUCAACACUGUAUCAUAUAACGGUGAAGCACCCCGUGAGUCCGCAGAACAGAUUCUCGGCCUUGCACCAGGGGGCUUUCCCGAUGAAUACAAACAUCUCCACAAACACGCGGAAGCUCUAGCAAUCAGCCUGAACAUGGGCAGAGGCAGGCGGUUCAUGAGAACGGAGAAGGGGAGGGCUGGACUUGCGCCAUUCAUUGGCAGUGUGGCGAGGGGUGGGAAUGAGGAGGGGAGUGUGAUCGUAAUCCUGCAUGGGUGUAUCGUCCCUAUUGUUUUGCGAAAGGUUGAUGAGAGCGAGCAAAUGGAAGAUAAUGAGUGGAAGGUAGUGGGAGAUUGCUACGUCGAGGGGAUUAUGUUUGGAGAGGCUGUGAACUGGGAGGAGGGGGCUGCGAGGACCUUUGUGCUCGUUUGAGGAUAAGUGGGUACUUAAACCCUAUUACAAUUAAUAAUACCGAAGCCAGAGCCCU